UUUCGAUUGUUUGAACCAUGUAAAAAGUCAAUUGUGACAGAACACCACAGCAAUUCCUGCAGACAUGGCCAUGGAGGCAAGCCACAAACGACCUGCGACUGCUGGUGCUGGGCGGAUGCGUGGGUUGAGGGGCAGAUGGAUGCUUUUGCUGAGCCUCAUGUGUGGCCUUCAGACUACCAGGCUUUGGCUCAGUCCACCUCGCCGGUCGCUGCUGGCGCUGAUGCUGGGGGCCAGCAACAGCCCUGCGCAUGCCUUCGAGAAUCGCGUGAAGGAAGUGAAAGGGCCAAAGACUCCUGGGCCCAAACCAGCAGGUGUGGGCCUGGGGCAGAUCGCGGGCUGCGGUGCUGCGCCCAACUGCGACUCGACUGAGUCGGGCUUCUCUUCAGCGGCCGCAGAUGAGGACCAUUACCUGAAACCUUGGGCCUAUCCAUCUGGAGGGCAAGCGCGGGCCAUGAGAGACUUGGAGAAAGCCUUGAAAUCCUACCCGGUUGGACAGCAGGACAUCGAUGGAGGUGGAUUUGAGAUUCAAACCCUGGACGCAGAGAAGGGCUAUGCCUAUGUUCAGUUUGAAUCCUUGAAACGUGGUUACAUCGAUGACGUGGAGUUCCGUGUGACACCCAAGGAUUCCGAGUCGGGCGAGGUCUUCGCUCUCGCAGCAGCUGCGCGAGUUGGGAUGGACUGCGCCGAAGAUCACGGCGGAUCUCUUCCCCAGGUACGUGAGUGAAAAUCGUUGAUGUUGGCGCAACGACCUGCGUUUCCAAAGAAGGCGUUGGAUGCGGGACGCAGCGGACAUGAUGCAUGGGUUGCAUGGGUGGA